CUUACUCAUUAAGUUUGAGUAAGUUUUUCAUUGUCAUGAGAAAGUCAUGAGAAACUUACAAAUUAAUGAACCCAUUCGUGGGCAGCGUCCCAUUUUUGGGACGUGAUGAUUUUCACGCAUUAUAUCCUUCAGUAUAUCAAAAUAUUGAAGUGUUUUUCAUCUGAAGCCAUAAUAGGAGAGGAUAACUCAUCGUUCAAAGUUAGCUAGGAGCUAUUUCCCUUUCCUUCCUGACUCAACAUGGCUGCCUCAAGUACACAUGGGGCGUUUUCCAAGAGAAGAAAGGGAGAAAGCCUCCACCGAUGACGACUCCCCGUAAAACAAAAAUACGAAAAGUCGAUCGAGCAAUAAAGCCAAGAGCGGGUUGAGAACCUGUUCAACUGACAUAUUGCCAUUUUACGAGGCAGGAAAAAAAGAGGCGGCGUUGUCGGGGAGGUCUGAGGACGACGCCUCAGAUUCGGAGAAGCAAGAUUCUCGACAUCCGUUUGGUUGUGACGGGCGGGGCUUCGUAAUAUCCGUGGAUGGAAUGGCUCAUAAGUCGUUCCGCUCACCUGUGUACGUUUUUGUGUAUUCGGCCUUCCGUGAGUGUGAAAACUUUCUGCUGACUGCGUAUCACAAACCGUAAACCAUUGUCGUCGUUCUGCGGAUCGAGGAAAGAACUGCGCUCUCACGAGGCCCCUUGCCUGACCUACUGAAACAUCUUGUAGCCAAAGACUCUGUGGAGGGAAGUCUGCUUGGCUCGGAUUCCAGCUGCAAGUCAAAUCCUCCAGGUCACAGUAAUGUCAUCAGAACCAGUUCACAGGAACCUACGAUUGCUUCUUCUGGGCACCUUCUUCCUCGCAUUCUUCGCGAUUCUCUAUUUUAUGUAUUUUAAGUCGUCCACUGGAUGGCUAUCAGAUCCUGUGCACGCCAUCUUUCCCAUCGGGCAUGUCAAGGAUCUCUUCACUAAGAGCAACCGCAGUGUGACCACGGUUCUGGCCUGGGUCUGGAGAUUUGAAAAGAGGAACAACCUGAACGUGUGCGCCUCACAGUUCAACAUUGAUGGCUGCUUCAUCACGGCCGACCGGAACCUCUACAACAAGUCGGACGGCGUCGUCAUCCGCCAUCGUGACAUCGUCUCCAAUUUGUCCAACCUUCCACCGAUCCAGCGUCCGUCCUUCCAGAAAUGGGUUUGGUUGAAUCUAGAGUCCCCGGCACACAUUCCCCACCUGGAUGCCGUCGAAAACCUCUUCAACCUCACACUCAGCUACCGCCGUGACGCAGAUAUACUAGUGCCUUUUGGCUCUAUCGUUUCCAAUGAGGGUGAGGACAACUUUGUCUUGCUCAGCAAGAACAAGCUGCUCUGCUGGAUCGUGAGCAAUUGGAAGCAGAACUUUGCACGUGUCAAGUACUACAAUGAGCUGCAGAAGCACAUCAAAGUUCACGGGUACGGCAGGGCCUUCAACAAGUCCGUUGACAAGCAGGAAUAUGUCUCCAUCCUGACUAGCUGCAAGUUCUACCUGGCGUUCGAGAACUCCAUCCAAAAGGACUACAUCACCGAGAAGUUCUACAACCCGCUAGGAGUGGGCACCGUACCCGUGGUGCUGGGCCCGUCGCGGGAUGAUUAUGAAAAAGCCAUCCAGGGGGACGCUUUCAUCCACGUGGAGGACUUUGCGUCACCUAAGGAGCUAGCCGACUACCUGCUCUUUCUGGACAAGAACGAAGAUAUGUAUCUAAAAUAUUUUAAGUGGCGGCGGCACUUUAAAGUGAAGAAAACCCAAUUCUGGACAGAGCACAUGUGCCUGGCCUGCGACUACCUUCGCAGGCACAGGGAGUCCCAGGUGGUCGAGAACCUGAACAAGUGGUUCUGGAGCUGAGCCGGUUUGUGUCAAUGGUGAAGUCUGUCUGAUGUUUAUUUAUCUACCUCGCAGAAAUACCUCCCAGGACCUACACAUUUUAUCUCUGUAUUGAUUCACUGAGCAAUUUUUAUUUCAUGUGUGCCAGUUUUGGUAAGCCUUAUUGUUACAUUUCUCCAGUCCCCCAGAAAAUGACGCCUAUUAACAUGUUCGACAGCGGUUUUUAUCAGCAGUACUAACAGUUUUUUGGAUCCUUACUGGUUUCAGGCAUGCAACAUUAAUUGGACACUCUAAAUUGCCCCUAGGUGUGAUUUUUGAGUGCGGCUGUUUGGCUUGUUGAGCCGAUUGGUUGGCGACCGGUUCAGGGUGUUCCCCGCCUCCUGCUGGGAUAGUCUCCAGCACUCAGGGUUUACCGCAACAAAGCAGGGAGAAUUGUUUUUGGAAAUGAAGAGGAUUGCUAUUAGUGAAUACCUUGAAUCACUAUCUUUAAAAACCAAAGACCACGUCUAAAACCUUGGUGUUCUGAUAAGAUCCUGACCCGAGUUUCAACAGUCACAUCAAAUCAAUCGACAAAAAAUGCUUUUUUUUUUUUUAUCAUCUGAAGACCAUAUCGAGAGUGAAGGGUUUC